UCAGUUGAUGUAGAACAUUCUCAUGUGCGUUUCCUUGGUAACCUGGUGUUAAAUUUAUGGGAUUGUGGAGGACAAGAAGCGUUUAUGGAGAACUACUUUGCGAGUCAGAGAGAUAAUAUAUUUAGAAAUGUCGAGGUGCUGAUAUAUGUAUUUGAUGUAGAAAGCCGAGAAUUAGAAAAAGACAUGCAUUAUUAUCAAUCCUGUUUAGAAGCCAUUUUAGAAAAUUCUCCUGAUGCCAAGGUGUUUUCUUUGAUACAUAAAAUGGAUUUAGUUCAGGACGAUCAACGUGAAAGGAUAUUUAAAGAGCGAGAGGAAGAUUUGAAGAGACUGUCGAAACCGUUGGAAUGUACUUGUUUCGCUACU